GUUGUAAGCAUUUCCGAUGCACAUGCAGAUGACAUUAAUGCAGUUUGCUACGGUGACACCGAUUCUAAUCUAUUGUACAGUGGAGGCGAUGAUGGCCUUGUAAAGGUUUACGAUCGUCGGGCUUUCGGAGAAAUGGACUACCAACCUGUGGGCGUGUUUGCUGGUCACCGUGAUGGAAUCACAUAUAUUGACGCACGCGGCGAUGAUAGGUAUCUUUUGAGUAAUUCAAAGGAUCAAACAAUCAAAGUAUGGGAUCUGCGUCGGUUUUCCAAUGAAGAGGCAGCGCGAAAGACAGUGAACUGUGUUCGGCAGCAGUCAUGGGAUUACCGUUGGCAGCCAGCACCCCGUUGCACUCUUAUCCCGCUCAAGGGUGACACGUCAGUGAUAACUCUAAGAGGACACAGCGUGCUGCACACUUUGGUGAGGGCUAAAUUCUCUCCGAGCAGGACCGGCAAGAAGUAUAUAUAUACGGGAUGUGCACGAGGGGAAGUCGUCAUCUACGAUUUGUUGGCAAACUUAUCAUCACCGGCCGACGGAUCAAAUCCGAAUCCGGUCUCUCGAAGGCUACCAGGACACGUAGCAGUUGUUCGUGACGUCGAUUGGAACCCAUCAAGCAAUGAGAUUGCUACUUGUGCGGUGAGUUGGGAUUUGCUAUUCUAA